AUGGCAUCCUUUUGCCUCUGCUUCUGCAGUAGUUGGGGUUACAGAACUCAUCUUCAACACAUAUCAUAUGAGUAUCAGGAAUAUCAGAAGAAGCAGUAUAAACAUAAGGCACGCGGGAAAACCUGCAGUUAUCUCCAGUCCUACCAGAAGCAUGAAAAGGCUCAUAUUGGAAAACCCUAUGUCUGUAAGCAAUGUGGAAAAACCUUUAGUUCUUACAGAUACUUUCAAAUACAUGAAAGGCAUCACAGUGGAGAUAAGCCCUUUAUGUGUCAACAAUGUGGGAAAGCAUUUAGUUCUUCUGCUUAUGUUCAAAUACAUGAAAGAUCUCACAGUGGAGAGAAAUCCUGUGUAUGUAAUCAAUGUAGAAAAGCUUUCUGUCAUCCCAGUUUCCUUAGAAAACAUGAAAAGACUCACACUGGAAAGAAACCCUGUAAGUGUAAGCAGUGUGGGAAAGCCUUCAUUUGUUCCAGUGACGUUAAAAGACAUGAAAAGACUCACAGUGGAGAGAAACGCUGUGUAUGUAACCAGUGUGGAAAAACCUUCACUCGUUUAAGUGUUGUUAGACGACAUGAAAAGACUCACACUGAAGAUAAACCAUAUGUAUGUAAGCAAUGUGGUAAAGGCUUUUGGGAUUACAAUUACAUUCGACAACAUGAAAAGAUUCAUAGUGGUGAGAAAUCCAAUGUGUGUAAGCAUUGUGGGAAAGCCUUCAGUUCUUCCAGUUAUCUUAGAAGACAUGAAAGGACUCACACUGGAGAGAAACCCUUUGAAUGUAAGCAGUGUGGGAAAGCCUACUCUGAUCCCAGUUCCCUCAGACAUCAUAAAAAGACUCACCCUGGAGAGAAAGCCUAUAGAUGUAAGCAAUGUGGGAAAGCCUUUAGUCGUUCCAGUAGGCUUCAAAUACAUGAAAGGACUCACACUGGAGAGAAACCCUAUGUAUGUAAGCAAUGUGGGAAAGCCUUCAGUUAUUCCAACUACAUUAAAAUACAUGAAAGGAGUCACAGUGGAGAGAAACCUUAUAUAUGUAAUCAGUGUGGGAAAGCUUUCAUUUAUCCCAGUUCUCUCAGAAGACAUUAUAGAACACACACUAGAUCGUAA